AAUAAAGAAGUGAUUCAUACUCAGCCAACAUUUUCCAAUUAAAGAAAACGGAAAAAGCAUAAACAACAUAUCAAACAAGCAAACUUGUUCCACUAAAAGACAUCCUAUACUAGGUUGGUUCAAAUUAUACACGCGUAUACACAACCGUUCCUUAUACUAACUCAACAUUUCAACGUGUCACUCUCUAGUUUUGCAUGUCACUUUGUCUUUAACUAAUCAAUUCCUCAACAAGCCUCUCGUAGCUUCCUCUCUUUUUAUGAGUUUCUAAUUUCGCUUUCUCUCUAUACCGCUUGAUCAAUUUCACUCUGUUUUUCUCUUUCUCACCAAAAACAUGUUUUCCGAUGUUCUUUUGUUGCUGUUGUUGACGACCUUGCACGGUUCAGUCGCAAGACCGAACCGGUUGGAGUGGGAGUCGGUGAUUAGAUUACCGAGCGAACCGGUCGGUCCUGACGUCGAUGAAACUGGAACCCGAUGGGCGGUUCUCGUGGCUGGUUCGAAUGGUUACGGCAAUUACAGGCACCAAGCAGAUGUGUGCCAUGCAUACCAGUUGCUAAUAAAAGGUGGAGUGAAAGAAGAAAACAUAGUGGUGUUUAUGUAUGAUGAUAUUGCUAACAACGAGUUGAAUCCUAGGCCUGGGGUUAUCAUCAACCAUCCACAAGGACCCAAUGUUUAUGAUGGAGUUCCUAAGGAUUACACUGGUGACUACGUGACAGCAGAGAAUCUAUACGCUGUUAUUCUUGGAGACAAGAGUAAAGUUAGGGGUGGAAGUGGCAAGGUCAUCAACAGCAAAGCAGAGGAUAGAAUAUUUAUAUAUUACUCUGAUCAUGGAGGCCCUGGAGUUCUUGGGAUGCCAAAUAUGCCAUAUGUAUAUGCUAUGGAUUUUAUUGAUGUUUUGAACAAGAAACAUGCGUCUAGAGGUUACAAAAAGAUGGUUAUAUAUGUGGAAGCUUGUGAAAGUGGUAGCGUUUUCGAGGGUAUAAUGCCAAAGGAUAUAAAUGUUUAUGUCACAACUGCGUCGAAUGCACAAGAGAGCAGUUGGGGAACUUACUGUCCCGGUGUGGAUCCUGCUCCACCUCCAGAGUACAUCACUUGCCUCGGCGAUUUGUAUAGUGUUGCUUGGAUGGAAGAUAGUGAGUCGCACAAUCUAAAAAGGGAAACGGUGAAACAACAAUACAUGUCGGUGAAGGAACGGACUUCAAAUUACAACAACUACGCAUUAGGUUCUCAUGUGAUGCAGUACGGCGAUACCAAUAUAACCGAUGAAAAGCUUUAUUUAUACCAUGGUUUUGAUCCUGCGACGGUGAACCUUCCUCCAAACAAUGGCAUGUUAGAAGCUAAAAUUGAAGUUGUAAACCAAAGAGAUGCAGAGAUUCUCUUCAUGUGGCAAAUGUAUCGGAGAUUAGACGAUCAAACCGAAAAGAAGAGAGACAUUCUCGAGAAGAUUUCGGAGACAGUGAAACAUAGGAAUCAUUUAGAUGGUAGUGUGGAAUUGAUUGGAGUUUUAUUGUUUGGUCCAACAAAAGGCUCUUCAGUUCUACAAUCAGUUAGAGCUUCUGGUUUGCCUCUUGUCGAUGACUGGGAAUGCCUAAAAUCAAGGGUUCGGGUGUUCGAAACUCAUUGCGGGUCACUGACUCAGUAUGGGAUGAAACACAUGCGGGCAUUUGCGAACAUUUGCAACCGCGGUAUUUCCGAGGAUUCGAUGGAGGAGGCAUGUAUGGCAGCAUGUGGUGGUUAUGAUGCAGGGCUAUUACAUCCAUCUAACAAAGGUUAUAGUGCUUGAUUUUGGGUGGUUUGUGCUUCUUGUGUAAGAUUAAAACCUGUUCUCUAAAGGCUAUAAUGUGUAUUAUUUGUGUUUGGUUGUGAAAGAGAAAGCAUGGGCAUAGGGUAAGGUAGAAAGUAUUGGAUAUAUGAAUAGAAUGGGAAAGGAAUCACAACUCAAUCCAGCACAAGAUUUGUGAGAAUGGUGGAGAGGAUGAGUUUUUUAAAGUAUUUGGCAAUGUAUAUAUACUAGUAUAUGUGUAAUAGUUUUCAGAUAAAUAAGACAAAUUAAUUAGGAUAUUAGCCUAUUAAUAUAUUAAGGAUAUUUAGAUGUAUUAUUGGUUUGGCUGAUAAGAGGCAUUAAUAUAAUUAUCUUAUUAUA